AUGGCCGCCGCCGCCGGUCCUCGGCUGCUCCCCUUGCUCCUGCUGCUGCAUCCGUUGCUCUUGGUCGCCGCGGCCGCCGCCUCUGGCGUGACGUACGACCACCGCUCCCUCGUCAUCUCCGGCCGCCGCCGCCUGCUCAUCUCCGCCUCCAUCCACUACCCCCGCAGCGUCCCCGCGAUGUGGCCCAAGCUGCUGGCGGAGGCCAAGGACGGCGGCGCCGACUGCAUCGAGACCUACGUCUUCUGGAACGGCCACGAGACCGCCCCCGGCAAGUACUACUUCGAGGACCGGUUCGAUCUGGUGCAGUUCGCGAGGGUCGUCAAGGACGCCGGGCUCUUCCUCAUGCUGCGCAUCGGCCCCUUCGUCGCCGCCGAGUGGAACUUCGGGGGCGUGCCUGCGUGGCUGCAUUACAUACCUGGAACGGUGUUCCGGACGAACAACGAGCCAUUCAAGUCUCACAUGAAGAGCUUCACGACGAAAAUCGUGGACAUGAUGAAGGAGGAGCGGUUCUUCGCUUCGCAGGGAGGGCACAUCAUCCUAGCUCAGAUUGAAAAUGAGUAUGGAUAUUAUCAACAAGCGUAUGGAGCUGGUGGCAAGGCAUAUGCAAUGUGGGCAGGUAGUAUGGCUCUGGCGCAGAACACGGGCGUCCCUUGGAUCAUGUGCCAGCAGUACGAUGUUCCUGAUCAUGUGAUAAAUACCUGUAAUUCGUUCUAUUGCGAUCAAUUCAAGCCAAAUUCGCCAACCCAGCCGAAAAUUUGGACAGAGAAUUGGCCAGGAUGGUUCCAGACUUUUGGUGAAAGCAAUCCCCACAGACCCCCUGAGGAUGUUGCAUUUUCUGUUGCACGUUUUUUUGGGAAAGGUGGCAGCGUUCAGAAUUACUAUGUGUACCAUGGUGGAACGAACUUUGAUCGUACUUCUGGAGGGCCUUUCAUUACAACUAGCUAUGACUAUGAUGCACCAAUUGAUGAAUAUGGCCUUAGGCGACUUCCAAAAUGGGCACAUCUGAAGGAGCUUCACAAAUCUAUAAAAUUGUGUGAACAUAGUCUGCUUUUUGGAAACUCAACGUCACUCUCUCUUGGACCUCAACAAGAGGCUGAUGUUUACACUGAUCACUCAGGAGGAUGUGUUGCAUUCCUGGCUAACAUUGAUUCAGAAAAGGACAAAGUUGUCACUUUCAGGAACAGACAAUAUGAUCUUCCUGCUUGGUCAGUUAGCAUCCUACCUGACUGCAAGAAUGUGGUUUUCAACACUGCGAAGGUUCGAUCUCAAACUUUGAUGGUGGACAUGGUACCAGAAACUUUGCAAGCAUCAAAAUCUGAUCAGUGGAGCAUUUUCACAGAGAGAAUCGGCAUUUGGGAUAAAAAUGACUUCGUACGAAAUGAAUUUGUGGACCAUAUUAAUACAACAAAAGACUCUACUGAUUACCUGUGGCACACUACAAGUUUUGAUGUGGACAGAAAUUAUCCUGCAACUGGGAACCAUCCCGUUCUUAAUAUCGGCUCCAAAGGCCAUGCUGUUCACGCUUUCCUGAAUAAUAUGCUCAUAGGUAGUGCAUAUGGUAAUGGCUCAGAAUCAAGUUUCAGUGUGCAUAUGCCCAUCAACUUGAAGGCUGGGAAGAAUGAAAUUGCACUACUGAGUAUGACUGUUGGAUUGAAAAGUGCAGGACCCUAUUAUGAAUGGGUGGGAGCUGGCCUUACCAGUGUGAACAUCUCUGGAAUAAAAAAUGGAACGAUGGACUUGUCUUCAAAUAAUUGGGCAUACAAGAUUGGGUUGGAAGGUGAACAUUACAGUUUAUUUAAGCCCGAUCAGGGGAAUAACCAAAGGUGGAGGCCAGAACCUGAGCCACCAAAACAUCAGCCUCUGACAUGGUACAAGGUGAAUGUUGAUGUUCCACAAGGAGAUGACCCCGUUGGGCUAGACAUGCAGUCCAUGGGGAAAGGCCUGGUUUGGUUGAAUGGAAAUGCCAUAGGGAGGUACUGGCCCAGGACCAGUCCUACUGAUGACAGGUGCACUCCGAGCUGCGACUACAGAGGGAAAUUUUCUCCAAACAAGUGCAGGGUUGGAUGUGGAAAGCCAACUCAAAGAUGGUACCAUGUCCCAAGGUCAUGGUUUCACCCAUCAGGGAACACCCUUGUGGUCUUUGAGGAGCAGGGUGGGGAUCCCACGAAGAUUACAUUCUCAAGAAGAGUCGCGGCAAGUGUUUGCUCCUUUGUCUCGGAGAACUAUCCUUCCAUAGACUUGGAGUCCUGGGAUAAAAGUAUCUCAGAUGAUAACCCAGUAGCAGCAAAAGUAGAGCUGUCUUGCCCCAAGGGCAAAAACAUCUCUUCAGUUAAGUUUGCGAGCUUCGGAGACCCCAGUGGAACUUGCAGAUCCUACCAACAAGGAAGCUGCCACCAUUCAGGCUCUUUAUCUGUUGUUGAGAAGGCCUGUCUGAACAUCAACAGCUGUACAGUUUCGCUGUCAGACGAGGGAUUCGGGGAAGAUCCAUGCCCUGGCGUCACCAAAACACUUGCCAUUGAAGCAGACUGUUCUUAA